CGGAUCCGCGCAUGCUUAUGUCGCUUUAUGCCGAGUCACAAAAUGACCUAGAAAACGAAGUGGUUUCAGACUUUGUACGGCCCCUGUGCCUGAGCUAUUAGCAACACGUAUAGUCACAGCCAGCGGCACUGCACACGGAACAGUCGCGGGUGACUUGAGAGUGUUGUGUGUUUUGGCAGCUUUGCGAAAUAGCGACGACCCCCUUCAACAUGGAGAUCUUGGGCCUCGUGGACGUCCCGUUGUAUGUCCUUCUAACCCUGGCGGUGGCUGUGCUGAUCUAUAUACAUGGAACCUGGAACUUCAAUUACUUCAAAAAACAGGGCAUCUCUGGACCAACACCGUUCCCUCUUUUAGGAAACACCGUGUCUCUUUCUUUCUUCCACAAAUUCAAAGAAUGGAACCGAAAGUACGGAAAUGUAUAUGGCAUAUUUAUGGGAAGAACGCCAGCCUAUGUUAUAUCGGAUCUGGACAUUCUGAAGGAGGUGUUUGUCAAGAGCUUCAACACUUUCAGAAACAGGAUGAAAUUCACACUCGUGCCCUAUCCAUUCAAUUUGGGCGUGUUCUUCUUGGACGAUGAGCACUGGCGGAGGGUGAGAAGCAUCAUAACACCGAGCUUCAGCAGCGGCAAACUGAGGAAGAUGUGCGCUGCCAUCAACGAUUGCUCAAGGACUCUCACAACUAAUUUCUCUAAAGCCAUUGGGAAAAAGGGAGGUGUGAUCAUGAAAGAUUACUUUGGAGCUUACACCAUGGACGUGAUUGCACGGACUGCCUUUGGUAUAAAAGUCGAUUCUCAGAACGAUUUCAACAAUGAAUUUGUCGCUAAUGCUAAGGUGAUGUUUACACAAUCAAAGCCAAGACGACUACUACCAAUGAUAGCACGCUUCUGUCCACCAUUGGUGUGGGUUAUCCGGAAAGUUGGAGUUGGAUUUUUUCCGAACAGCGUCAUGAGUUUUUUUCAAGCAAACAUCGUGGAAAUGAUCAAACAACGACAGAACGACUCAAAGGAAAACCGAGAGCAGAGAAUCGACUUCCUGCAACUCUUGGUGGACGCUGAGAUAACGGAUGAUACAGUUAAACAAGAAAACGGUCAUGCAGCCAAUGGGCAGGUCUCAGAGAAACAAACAGUCAGACGUUUAACAACGGAUGAAAUAGUUGGCCAAGGGAUAUUGUUCUUCGUUGCUGGAUACGAAACAACGGCUUCCACGCUGAACUUUGCAUCACACAGUCUCGCCAUGAAUCCGGAUGCACAGGAGAAGGCAUAUAAUGAAAUCAAAGAGAUGCUUGGGAAUGAGGAACCAAACUACGACAACAUUGGGAAACUGAAGUAUCUGGACAACAUCAUCACUGAAACGCUCAGACUCUACCCACCUGUUAUUACAUUAAGUCGCAGAGCUUCUGAGAAUAUUCAGAUCAAGGACCUGACAAUCUAUGAGGGUCAAACUGUCUUCGUGCCUACAUUUGCACUACAGAGAGACCCUAAGCUCUUCAAGGAUCCACAUUCCUUCAAACCUGAAAGACAUGAUGAAAAAUCAAACCCACUGUCCUUCUUGGCGUUCGGAUACGGUCCAAGAAUUUGUAUUGGGAUGCGUCUGGCUCUGAUUGAGGCUAAAAUAGCCCUGGUUAAUGUUCUGAGAGCUGUGAAGUUUGAACGUAUGCCGGACACUCAGGAAGUAUUGACGUUUAAGCAGACUAGCGUUCUCCAAACAGAAAAGGACAUCAAGCUGAAAGUAUCUCCAAGAUGCUGAGCUAUGGGAAGAGGCACCUGCAGUACUCUUAUGAUAAGAAGAAAGGAGAGAGAAAUGUUACACAACUUGUAACUGUCUCAUGAUUCAGUCGAUUGCUGUGAUGAAUUGUUUCUCUUUUUGUGCCAGAAACAUAGACACAUAUUCGUCUGUAAGCUGUGUCGUCCAGGGUUUUCCUAAGUGUUGGAAAACUUUCGCACAUACCUUCGUGGAUCAGUAAUCAGCGGAAACUGUCAUGUUUCAGUAAUUCCUUGCUUUUCCACAUUUGACUGUCAGUGAUUGUAGUAUUAAAGAACGAUUUUCUAAAUAGACAUUGACCACACAUCAGUAAUGGCAGAAGUGGAGAGUGCGGAUAGGCAGGCAGGCCGGCAGACAGGCUGACAGACAGACAGACAACUGGUUGUUCCAAAUAAUCUGUCUCCUUUUGAAUGACAUGUGCACUGUUGUAUGCAUUGUACGUAUACUAUGCAUUGCAUUAAGAACGUUUUAAGAGUUCUGGAAGAAGCUGUCGGUUGAACUAAUCAAGUUAAAGCUGAAUCUUAAGUACAUAUAUGCGUUACAAGGUAUACGUAGAUUCUCGGAUAGUUUAUGCUGAAACGUAAUUUCUUAUAAAACAUAAUAAGUAGGGCUUGUGUUGUGAAAUUGGAACAUUGAUCAGUGCAGUUCAGCAACGAUGAUAUACCAGUUAGAACAAAAUAUAUAUCCAAGACCUAACUACAUUGAAUAAUAAAUAAUGAUGCUCAGGCGUGAUUGUGACACUUGAUGUCUAUUGACGUUACAUCUCAUUUGUCCGUAUUGCAAGUACCGUAUGUGAAAUACAAAUUGUCAUAGUAUCAUAAAGAAUAAAUGCUGUGUAGAGUAUUUAGAAGGAGUAGCUUAUCAGUCCUCAGCAAAAUUACAAACCACAUUAUAUCUUGAAAGAAUAUUUAUCCUUCAGCCACAUUACAAACCAACUCAUACCUCGACAGUAAAUGUAACAAACAUGAAUUCUUGCAAAUUCUAAAGUCAGUGCCCUGUAUGUGUACUUUAUGUCAGAUAGGGUAUACAUACUGAAUGUCAAUGCUACAUUUAAAUUGCGGUUGUUUAACGUGUUUGUCGUACAUGUAACUUCCCGUGCUCAUGUUGAAUAUACUCGAUUUUGAGUUUAGUACAGAUUUGUUCUGAAAUAUGGAAAUUGCUUUGUCGCUCUUAUUCGCUUUGUCAAUUUCAGCUAAAACAACCAGUGUAUUGAUCACAGUGUAUUCAAAUAUAUAUAUUGAAAUUUCUCAUCUCAGCAUGCACUAAUAAAUACAUGUAAAUA